AUGAAGCCGCAGCGCGUGCUCAUGACUCAGAGCCUGGUGCUGCAUUACGGGCUGCACAACUACAUGGAGAUCUGCAAGCCUGUCCCCGCCAGCGAUUCGGACCUUGCUGCCUUCCACAGUUCCGAUUAUGUCAGCUUUUUGAAGCAUGUCUCACCAGAUGAGAAGUUUCAAGAGCAGUUUGCAGCUGACAUAGAGCAAUUCAUCGUUGGAGUUGCUGUGGACUGCCCUGUCUUUCAUGGCCUCUACCAGUACUGCCAGAGUUACGCUGGUGCCUCAGUGGGUGGAGCUCAGAGGUUGAACCAUGGAUAUGCCGACACUGUGGUCAACUGGUCAGGCGGCAUGCACCAUGCCAAGAAGGCAGAGGCUUCCGGAUUCUGCUUUGUGAAUGACAUCGUGUUGGCAAUUCUUGAGCUGCUCAAGUACCACCAACGUGUCCUUUACGUUGACAUCGAUGUGCACCAUGGGGAUGGCGUGGAAGAGGCUUUCCUCAUGACAAACCGCGUGAUGACUGUUUCAUUCCACAAACACGGGGACAGCUUCUUUCCCGGAACGGGGGAGCUCAACGAGGUUGGCAGAGGGCCUGGAAAGUACUACACUGUGAACGUCCCAAUAAAAGAUGGCAUCGACGACCAGACGUAUGUUGAGAUGUUCAAGCUGCUCACUACCAAUAUCAUGAAGCGCUUUGAGCCGACAGCGAUCGUCUUCCAAUGCGGGGCUGACUCGUUGGGCGGGGACAAGCUUGGCGUGUUCAACCUGUCGAUACAGGGGCAUGCCUCGUGUCUUCAGUACAUGCAGUCGUUCGGGGUACCGAUGCUUGUGCUGGGUGGCGGGGGCUACACAGUCAAGAAUGUGGCCCGUUGCUGGGCGUAUGAAACAGGCACAUUGGCUGGUGUGGAAUUGGCGGAGGACCUGCCGGCCACAGAGUUCCUGGAACUUUAUGAGCCCGGGUACCAGCUGGACUCCUCCAGGGGCCGUCAGGACAUCCAGAAUGCAAAUGACACAGCCGACUUGCUCAAGAUGCAACAGCAAAUUUUGGCCAACCUCAGUCAUGUGUACCCUGUGGGCAAGGGAUUUCAUGAGAGGGCACCGGACGCCUGCGUGCCAAGCGUGAAGGUGGCCUCCCAACACGUCAGCGACGGGCUGAUGGCGGCGACUUCCUGA